AUGGCUCAUAAAGAGGGAGCAUUUAUACCGGUUAAGUUUCGUUUCGACACUUCCUUAACUGGGGUGCCGCCUCAAGUGUUGCGGACAAAGAAGCCAUUUGCAUCGUGUGAAUCUUGUCGCCAAAAGCACACAAAGUGCGACGCAGGCAAACCUCGGUGCAAAGUUUGCAUAGGAUUCGAUCGGGAUUGCCGCUAUGUUCAACGCAGUUUUCACGUCAAGGCCGCUGGGCCGGGAAAAGGCCUCUACACCUUUGAAGAGUCCCAAGCACCUGUCAUAUUGCUUGCCACCAACACCUUCAGUCCGGCUUUCAUCAGGGAGCACAAUGUCGAGGGAGUCCUCCCACCAAAUAAGCGGCCAUCUGAGAGAGUUACGUUGGGGAAAACCGCGUCAGCAGCGAAUAUCCGAGAAUCCGAAGGACCUGGUGAAGUCGUCGAGUCGCCGUUCAGCCGUACCAUACCGGCCGCAGUGGUGUCACGCGACGGGCUCUAUCAACAGCAUUUUCACAAUACUGUAUCCUCUUACCUGAUCGUCUUCGACACACCUUUCAACCACACUCCCUUUCGGAAGCUGCUCAGCAUUUUCCACAAUUUUGGUUUGCUGCAGGUCACAAUACAAGCGCUCGGCGCCAUGCAUUUCUCUACCAUUGCAGGCAAGGGGCAUAAGAGUAUUCACCACGUUGCAGCAAUGGAAUACUAUGGCAAAGCGGUUUCGCAACUCCGAGCUCUUUCUUCAACUCAAGGGGCUAGCUUGGAGCUACUGGCUACAAAUUUGCUGCUAUGCAUGUUCGCCAUGAUAUCCACCAACGAUUCGUCGUGGACCACAUACCUUUUUGGGGCCGGUCUCAACUUGCAAGCCAUAUUUUGUCCCCAUACCUCCUCUCCAAGAAGCCACAACGUGUAUGGACUCCGUGAAGGCGAUUCGGUUCCAUUACGGCGGUUCCUGGUUUCAAUGAUGUCCUAUCUCGACGUUGCGGCCUCCUGCGCAAGGGGCAAUCGACCACUCAUCAACGGCGACUACUGGGAGAAGUGGGCUGGUGGAUGGGAAUACAACCUAGGCGUCCCAAGCUUUGCUACAGCUUCCGAAUCGACAGAUCGCAUCAUGGCCCAACUUCGCAGCUCACGGUCUAAGGUCAUGUCUAUCCUCGCAAAGAUCAGUCUUUUUGCGACAUCAGUCCGCUCUGGACUUGACGACCAGCGAAAGGCAAUCACGUACGGGGACCUUAAGUAUGAGAUUGCAAAUUGGCAUCAAGUCAUGCCUCCUAUAUGCCUCAGUCUGGAAAAGCUGAACCACAUGCCGGGAUAUGAGACUGAUGAAAACGAUGAGGCCAUCGAAGCUCGAACGGCAGCAGCAUGCGUACAGUGUUAUGGUCUAGCAUGCAUCAUCUAUCUCGAAAGAAUUACCACAAGAAGGAUUGGAAGCGCGGCUUUUAACACUGAAGUAAAGACUGCUGCCGAUCGGAUUAUCACAUUGAUGGGCCGCUUUACGACGGGUAUCGACCAACUGGCAACGUUGUGGCCACUCCUCACUGUAGGCAUUGCUACCGUCGACCCAUACCAGCAAAUUGCCUUGCGUCAGCGGCUGGUUGGAAUGGAAUGCUUCGGAUUAAUGGUAAGGACGAUUUACCUUACACUGUGGCCUUUGCUUACCGAAUGUCCAGUAUGUAAGCCGUGUCCUACAGGCACUACAGUAUUCGUGGAGUGA